AAGUCAAUACGGACGGGAUGUAUAGUUUAGACUACAUGCAGACGGGAAUUGUAGUUUUAUGUCCAACGAUCGAGAUGGCGGAAGCACAGACUGUAUGUGCUGAUUCUUCUGUUGAUUAUGUGUCUGGUGCGAUGGCUUAUUUACAGAAUGAGAAAUCAUCUGAUCCACUGAAUCUUGGUGAUCUGGAUCUCACAACAGAUGAGUUCAUUCUGGAUGAGGUGGACAUUCACAUUCAAGCAAAUCUUGAGGAUGAUCUGGUGAAGGAGGCUCUGAAGACGGGUGUUGACCUGCGUCAGUACUCUAAACAGGUCGAGACAGAACUUCAGCGCAUUGAACAAGCAUCGAUCAAAGACUAUAUUAAAGAGAGUCAGAACAUUGCCUCUUUACACAACCAGAUCACAGCCUGUGACUCAAUCCUAGAGCGCAUGGAGGGCAUGUUGAGCAGUUUUCAGAGCGACCUGUCGUCCAUCAGCAGUGAGAUUCAGACACUACAGCAGCAGUCCGUCAGCAUGAACAUGAGACUGAAGAACAGACAGGCUGUCCGCAGUCAGCUCAGCCAGCUGGUGGAUGAACUGGUCGUUCCCAGCACAAUGAUCUCUGUGAUUUUGGACAGUCCGGUCACGGAGCAAGAGUUUCUGGAGCAACUUCAUGAGCUCAACAACAAGAUCAACUUUGCUAAAGAGCUCAGCUUCAGAGAGACACUCGCCUGCUCAGACAUACAAGACAUUGUAGAUCGUCUCAAAAUCAAAGCUGUCUCGAAAAUCCGUGAGUUCAUUCUGCAGAAAAUCUAUUCGUUCAGGAAGCCCAUGACCAACUAUCAGAUCCCUCAGAACACCUUACUCAAGUACAGGUUCUUCUAUCAGUUUCUGUUGGCUAAUGAGAGGACAGUUGCUAAGGAGAUUCGGGAUGAGUAUGUGGACACCAUGAGCAAGAUCUACUUCAGUUACUUCAAAUCAUACAGCGGUAGACUGCUGAAAGUUCAGUAUGAAGAUGUAGCAGAAAAGGAUGACCUGAUGGGGGUGGAGGACACAGCCAAAAAAGGUUUCUUCUCCAAGCCAUCUUUGAAGAGCAGGAACACUAUCUUUACUCUGGGUCAGCGAGAGGCCGUUUUGAGUCCUGUGGAGCUGGAAGGGCCGAUACUGAUCCCACACGCCGCUCAGAGAGGAGACUGCAGGUACCCGUAUGAAACUCUCUUCCGCAGUCAGCAUUACGCUCUACUGGACAACAGCUGUCGGGAAUUCCUCUUCCUGUCAGACUUCUUCAUGGUGGCAGGAAACUCUGCGCUGGAUCUGUUCAACAGCAUCAUGGGAAAAACGCUCGGGAUGUUUCUGAAAAAUCUGGCAACGUACCUGUCUGAUGGUUAUGACAGCAUCGCAGUGUUUCUCUGCAUUCACAUCAUCCUGCGCUUCAGAGCCAUCACAGCCAAGAGGAACGUUCCUGCGCUCGACAAGUACUGGGAGGCUGUGCUGGAAUUAUUGUGGCCGAGGUUCGAGCUCAUUCUGGAGAUGAACAUUCAGAGCAUUCGAAACACUGAUCCUCAGAAACUGGGAGUACUGGACACCAGACCGCACUACAUCACGCGGCGAUACGCUGAGUUCUCUUCUGCUAUUGUCAGCAUCAAUCAAACCUUUCCUAAUGAAAGGACCAACACCCUCCUCGGACAGCUGCAGAUCGAAGUGGAGAACUUUGUGUUAAAGAUGGCGGCUGAAUUUCCAUCCAGACGAGACCAGCUGAUCUUUCUCAUCAACAACUAUGACAUGAUGCUCAGCGUCCUCAUGGAGCGAGCCGCUGAUGACAGUAAAGAAGUGGAGGGAUUUCAGCAGCUGCUGCUGGCCAGAACACAGGAGUUUAUUGAGGAGAUUCUGUCGCCUCCGUUUGGAGGAAUGAUUGCAUUUGUGAAGGAGAGCGAGGCACUCAUGGAGAAAGGGCAACUGGACAAAUUAAAGAAUGAUGAAGCUCGUAUCACUCAGUUGGUCCGGGGAUUUUCAAACACAUGGAAGCAGUCUGUGGAGGUGAUGAGUCAGGAUGUCAUGCGUUCCUUUACCAACUUUAAAAAUGGAACCAGCAUCAUUCAGGGGGCGCUGACACAGCUGAUUCAGUAUUAUCAUGGUUUCCAUAAGGUCCUCUCCCAGCAGACGUUUCGCAGUGUGGCAGCUCGCUCGGAGCUCAUCAACCUUCAUCAUCUGAUGGUGGAGGUGAAGAAACACAAACCAAACUUCUGAAGCUGCUCAUCUCCUGUGUGUUAACAUGAAAAUGUUUGAAGGGAUUUUGGCCUUGAAUGUGGUUUGAUGCAGCUUUAGGUUUCAUGUUCAUAUCUUUAGUGCUCAAGUUUGAGCAGUAGAUGCAAAGAUCUUUUACCUGUGAGAAUUAUGGAGCGAGAGAGCAUCUCAUCUGUGUAGAAGCUCCACUGUCACGAAAUCAUUACAUGUCUCAAAAUAAAUGUGUAUAAUGUCAUAA